CGAAAACUACGCGAACCGCCCUUUAAAGCACCGGAGACAAACGAAGCAGCGCGGCUUGGUGGCACCGCCAAUUUCCGGCGGAACUGCAGGUCGAAGUCGUCCUUUCCACCUCCUUCCCACCCGCCGUCAGACUGACGAAAAUUGCCGAAGUCAAUCUAAUCCGGAAAUUGUCGAAUCUGGAGAUUCUGGUCCCUCCUGGCUUUCCGUUCUCCUAGCCCGGCUGACAGAAUUACCCGGGGCCGCCAUAUUGAAUAAGCGACCCUGUCUCUGAGGGGUCCGUGGGGUCUGGACACACCAGCGGAGCACUCUCACCUGCUCCGAGGAGAAGCAAUAUGUUAAGGAUACCUGUUAGAAGGGCCUUAGCAGGCCUUUCUAAGUCUUCUACUGGAUAUGUUCGAACAACUGCCACAGUGGCAAGCAACUUGAUUGAAGUGUUUGUUGAUGGCCAGUCUGUCAUGGUGGAGCCUGGGACUACUGUCCUCCAAGCUUGUGAGAAGGUUGGCAUGCAGAUCCCUCGGUUCUGUUACCAUGAAAGGCUGUCCGUUGCUGGAAACUGCAGGAUGUGUCUUGUUGAAAUUGAGAAGGCUCCUAAGGUUGUAGCUGCUUGUGCUAUGCCGGUAAUGAAAGGUUGGAAUAUCCUGACAAACUCGGAAAAAUCUAAGAAAGCCAGAGAAGGUGUGAUGGAGUUUUUAUUAGCAAAUCACCCAUUGGACUGUCCUAUUUGUGACCAGGGAGGUGAAUGUGAUCUGCAGGACCAGUCCAUGAUGUUUGGAAGUGAUAGAAGCCGAUUUUUAGAGGGGAAACGUGCUGUGGAGGACAAGAACAUUGGCCCGCUGGUAAAGACCAUCAUGACUAGAUGCAUACAGUGUACUCGAUGCAUUAGGUUUGCAAGUGAGAUUGCAGGAGUGGAUGAUUUGGGAACAACGGGCAGAGGAAAUGAUAUGCAAGUUGGCACAUACAUUGAAAAGAUGUUCAUGUCUGAAUUGUCUGGGAAUGUCAUUGAUAUCUGCCCCGUAGGUGCCCUAACCUCUAAGCCAUAUGCCUUCACUGCCCGGCCAUGGGAGACGAGAAAGACAGAGUCCAUUGAUGUAAUGGACGCAGUUGGAAGUAAUAUUGUGGUUAGCACAAGAACUGGAGAGGUGAUGAGGAUCUUGCCACGGAUGCAUGAAGACAUCAAUGAAGAGUGGAUUUCUGAUAAAACCAGGUAUGUGCUGUUUGUUUUCUUUAUCUUUUUCAUUGUAGGACUUCGCAUUGAGAAGGCCAAGGCUGUACUUAAUUUAGUUGGCUCUAAAAAGUGUUUUUAUUUCAGUUGGCUUCAUAAUGACUUACAAGUGGCCCUGAUAGGCAGUCCAGUGGACCUCACUUACAGAUACGACCACCUGGGCGAGUCCCCCAAAGUUCUGCAAGACAUUGCUUCGGGAAGCCAUCCUUUCAGCCAGGUCUUAAAGGCAGCUAAAAAACCAAUGGUGGUUUUAGGCAGUUCUGCUCUCCAAAGAAGUGAUGGGGCAGCAAUUCUCACUGCUGUUUCUAGCAUCGCGCAGAAUAUCCGGGUGACUAGUGGUGUGCCUAGUGAUUGGAAAGUUAUGAAUAUCCUGCACAGGGUUGCAAGCCAGGUAGCUGCUUUGGACCUUGGCUAUAAGCCUGGGGUGGAAGCAGUUCGGAAGAACCCCCCCAGAGUGCUGUUCCUCCUAGGAGCAGAUGGUGGUUGUAUCACGCGACAUGAUUUGCCAAAGGAUUGUUUUAUUAUUUAUCAAGGGCAUCAUGGUGACGUGGGAGCUCUCAUAGCUGAUGUUAUUCUCCCAGGAGCUGCUUACACAGAGAAGUCGGGUACUUACGUCAAUACGGAGGGCAGAGCUCAGCAAACCAAAGUUGCAGUGACACCUCCCGGCUUGGCAAGAGAAGACUGGAAAAUUAUACGAGCCCUCUCUGAGAUUGCAGGUAUUACUGUCCCAUAUGAUACUCUGGAUCAAGUAAGGAACAGAUUGGAAGAAGUCUCCCCUAAUCUUGUUCGAUAUGAUGAUGUUGAAGGAGCGAAUUACUUUCAGCAAGCAAGCGAGCUUUCCAAGUUAGUGAACCAGCAGCUUCUUGCUGACCCACUUGUUCCACCUCAGCUGACCAUAAAGGACUUCUAUAUGACAGAUUCCAUCAGCAGAGCUUCACAGACAAUGGCUAAGUGUGUCAAAGCUGUCACAGAGGGUGCCCAGGCAGUAGAAGAGCCAUCCAUAUGCUGAGACAGCUAUCAAUCCAGUUGUGCUGCAAAUCUGCAAAUACCAAAUGGACAUGUACAUUGAAGAAACUCCGUAGAGGUUUAACUCUCAAAAAAAAUCUAGGGCCUGGGAUUUAGCUCAGUGGUUCUGCCGCCUGCCUUGCAAGUGUAAGGAUCAGAGAUCGAUCCCCAGUACCAAAAAAAAAAAAUCUGAAGAUAAUAAUAUUUAAGGUUAUACCAUGCUUAUUUGAAAGUGGUAUUAGAAGUAUCAAAGAGAUUGGCAAUUUCAGGUUUAUAUAUUAUGUGUGUUAACUAUACAUUUGCUCUUUCAUGUAAAAGCAUUGGUAAUCUUUGCGACAAAUAUAAGGAGAAUCAUUAAAAUGUGUUUUUCUUUUCAUA